CGACGCCCUGAUUGUUAUCGCCAGGCGCGGCGGUAUAUAUGGCGGACAGAAAAGGUCUACGUCGCUCGAGUCGCGUAAAGGCAGUCUCUGCAGUCGCCGAACACCCCAGCACGCCCAAGCCGAAGUCGACAAAGGGCAAGAAGCGUGCCCUCUCCGACGACGAGGAUGAGACGAAGCCCACUCCUGCUCCGGUCAAGAAGAGGACCGCUCCUCGGUCGGAUGGCACGCCUCGCCGUGCUGACGGGCGUGCCAUCGUCGUACCCCCGGACAGAUGCGUCCCUGGGAUAGGUCCCCAUCAGGUCUACGUCGAUCCCAAGGGGACGGUAUACGAUGCCAUGCUCAAUCAAACGAACGUCGACGGCAACAAUAACAAAUUCUACAUCCUCCAACUUAUCCUCGACCCCUCUUCACCACCGACAGAACCGCGAGCCUCCCUCUUCACUCGCUGGGGCCGCGUCGGCGAGACCGGCGCCUCGCAGAUGAAGGGGCCUUGGCCUGUCGCGGACGCCGUGGCCCAGUUUGGCCGGCAAUUCAAGGCGAAGACGGGAAUCGAAUACGCGCGGAGGAAGAGUGCGGGGGCGAAGAAGGGCAAAUAUACAUGGCUUGAGAAGGAAUACGAGGAUGCGGAGGCUGAUGAUCAGUCUGCUGGUCCACCGAGUAUCAAGAAGCGCAAGACGAACACAGAGGCCCCAGCGCCUCCGCCGGAGAGCAAGCUCCCGCCCGAGAUCCAAGCCUUGGUGCGGUUCUUGUUCAACAAGGACUACAUGCACGCCCACCUCGCCGCGCUCAACUACGACGUUCGCAAGCAGCCGCUCGGCAAGCUCGCACAGUCGACAAUCCUGCAAGGGUUUCAGGCGUUGAAGGAUCUCGCCGAAGUCAUCGCGGAGCCUGACGGAGAGAAGAGCACGGCGCUGGGCGGCCUGAGGACCGCAUGCGCAACGCUGACGAGCCGGUAUUAUACUGUCAUCCCGCACGUCUUCGGUCGGCGCAUACCCACCGUCAUCGACCACGACGCCCUCGUCAGAGCCGAACUCGACCUCGUCAGCUCGUUGAGCGACAUGGCGCUCGCGGCGCAGCUCGACUCUGCUACUCGCUCACGCUUGUCCAUCGAUGCGUCGUUCUCUACUGCCUCGUCCUCUUCCUCGUCCCCUGCCUCUCGCGGCAUUUCUGCUUCGGCUGCCACUCCCAACCCCGCCCACCCGCUCGACGCCAAUUUCGCCUCCCUCGACCUCAAGUCUAUCGCCGUCGUUGAGCACACGUCCGCCGAAUUCGCCGCCAUCGCGGCCUAUGCGCGCGACACGAACGAGGACAUCGAUGGAUGGCAUGUAUCGCAGAAUAUGCAGGUGCUGGAGGUGUUCCGGAUCGAAAGAAAAGGCGAAGAGCAGCGCUGGAUCAAUGGCGGCUGGGCGAACGCGGGGGAGAAGCAGCGCCUACUACUCUGGCACGGCAGCCGCGCGAGCAAUUUUGUCGGCAUACUCAAGCAGGGCCUGCGCAUCGCGCCCCCCGAGGCACCGGCGACGGGGUACGAGUUUGGCAAGGGUGUCUACUUCGGCGACAUGCUCGGGAUCAGUGCGAACUACACGCACGCUAGCUUGAGCGGCAACACCGGCCUGCUUCUCCUCUGCGAGGUUGUCGCGCAGCCGUACCACGAAGCAUACGAGUUUGACUUCCAGGCGGACCAAACGUGCAAGAAGAAUGGGAAAGUCGCCACCAAAGCCCUCGGCAAGAUGCAGCACGAAGACUGGGCCGACGCCGGGGAGAAGCUCGGGCGCGACGAUCUUCGGGGCGUGCUCAUGCCUGGUGGUCACGCGAAGGACCUGUCGAGCACGUUCCCGCGGCCGAGCGUAAAGUGCGAGGAUAAUUGGAACGAGUAUAUCGCGUACGACGUGUCCCAGAUCCGAAUGCGUUACUUAUUGCAAGUCAGGCUAUGAUCUGGGCGGAUAUACAUGGACUAAUUCAAAGGACUGUAUUGGUGUGGUAUCAGUUGAAUGUAAUCUUUUUUUUUGCUAUCCAUGGCCUCGUCUGUGGCUUCCACUGAGGGGUCUGGCGGCGGGAUAGCCUUCUA